ACACUGCUUUGCAAAGAUAUACGACUGUGCACGUUAAUAACGGACUCACCGCCCUCGCUAAACCUGUUUAUAUACUUCGCUGAUUUCUCUUUUGCAACCUUGGAAAGGGCUCAGAUUCAAUGGCGUCGCGCUUGAACAACCCAAGUGGUCCCCCACCGUCCUAUAGUGUUGUCAGGAAAUAUUACAACCAUUCCCUCCGACCAAUUUUACUCACCCUCACGGCAGUAUCUGCUGCUGCCGGCGCCAUAUGGUGUGCAGCCUCGUUUAGGAGCCGUGACAAUGAUGGUAGAAUAAACUCAAAACUCGCCACUUUCGAUCUCAUCUUCGGGAUCAUCUUCGCUGUUUUAACCGCUUUUGAGAUUUUUGGCUUUGUUGCUGUGUGGCUGCAACGAAUCCCUUUGGUGAGGACAUACGCCCUUCUUAGCGUUGCCUCCCUAUUCGCCGUUUGUGCGAUAGAAGUCAUGUCCAUCAUCAUGGAUUUCAUGUUCAAGAGCGAAUACAUCAAGGAGUGCGUCAAGGAGGUCACGUCUCCCAACACGGUAGAGUGUUUUGGCUUCUGGUGUCGUAAUGAUCCCUUGAGUACGGACGAGGCUAACAGCUACUGUCCCCGUGAAUGGACUCGAAGCACUGUUGGUGACUUUGCCUGGUUUUUUGUGGCCCUUUUCUGCGGCGCAAUAUUCUCGUACCUGGCUUUUGCCUACUUACGAGAGUUGCGUUCGAUCGGACGACCAUUGAACCCGCAGCAGUUUGCGAUGCAAGAUUACCCUGAACGUUAUGAUGGACUGGACUAUCAGUAUGCGCCACCCCCGGGCCCACCACCGCCGCUCGCGAAGCAGUCAAGAGACGAUCGAUCGACAUUCACGAAUUCAUCUGACGAUACUUCGAAGGUCCCAGAUUAUGAGCCCCCAUCCGACGGGUUCACCUAUGAGCCAGACGCGAAGUCGAAUCACUGAAAUUUGUUGAUGAUGACACAAGUAAUGAUCUCGUGCUCUGCUGUGGUGUUUGGCACUAUUACAUGGACCCUAUGCCAUGUCUGUCACUGUACAAACUGUAUUUUAGGUGUAUGAUCUCGAUUCAUUUUCUCGCUUUGGGCUGUGUGCCUUACGGUCGGUCAUUCAAUGAUUGAUUACGAAAUUGGAGUCAUUGCCCAUCUUGACUUCGCUGUCUUCACCACGAGCUCUCGACCUUGCUCCGCUUGCUCAUUGAACAUCACGACCC